CGGUUUCAGGGUGAUAUCCCAAGCCAGGUUGCUGUUCAAGAAAUAAUAGAUCAAGUGGACGACAGUGUUGAUCAGGAUGCGCAGAAGACGACAAAAAAACGGAAAUAUUUUAUUGGAAGCGAACAUAUUGGAGUACCACGAAUUAAUACUGAAAUUGAAACAUUCAUGAAAGAUGGAAUGAUUGAGGACUGGGACAUGUUCGAAAAGAUGGUCGAUUAUGCGUAUGCAAAUGUGUUUUUUGCCGAAAGCAAGUACCAACCAGUGUUAUUCUCAGAGUGUGCUUGGAACGCAAAACAAAAACGUGAAAAGUUGAUGGAGUUGAUGUUCGAAAAGUACAAUGUACCGGCAUUCUUCCUAGUCAAAAACGCCGUCCUUGCUUGAUCAUUUGUCAAGAAGAUAAUAGUUAUUGCUGCGCCAAUCAAGCCGAAUAUUGCGAAGCCGUACUGCUCGAGCAUAUAUCCGGCUAAAGCUGGCCCGAACGUUCGUACCAGUGAAUUAACCGCUUGUGAUGUGCCCAAUAUCAGUGCCUCGAAAUAA